UUCGUUCCAAAUUAAAAAAGAAGAAGAAUGGUGAAACGAACUUUACUCAAGUUACCAUACUCCACAAGGACCUUUUCUAGCGAACUGUUUAAAUUUGUCCCUAAGCAUAACGAAGUAAGGCAGGAUGAAAUUGAUGUUGUAAAAAGAUUUAUUGAUGAAUCUAAUAAGAUUUUAAUUCUUACUGGUGCUGGAAUUUCGACAGAAUCAGGAAUUCCUGAUUAUCGUUCAGAGGAAGUAGGUUUGUAUGCUAGGACCAAUCAUAAACCAAUUCAAUAUCAAGAAUUUUUAAAAAAUGCCAGUUCCAGGCAACGAUAUUGGGCUAGAAAUUUCGUAGGUUGGGAUACUUUUUCUCAAAGGCAACCCAAUGCUAUACAUUUCUCCAUUAAGAACUUAGAACACAAUUUAAAUAAAGUAACAUCUGUGGUUACCCAAAAUGUGGACAACCUUCAUUUUAAGGCGGGUAGUGAAAAAGUGAUUGAACUUCACGGUAGCGCCUACAGGGUGAUUUGUUUACAAUGUAAUUCUAGUUAUAAUAGACAUUAUAUACAAGAAGAAUUAAAAAAAUUGAAUCCUUCAAUGUUGGAAUCUACAACUAUGAUUAGACCAGAUGGUGAUGUAGAUAUACCAUUGGAGGCUGUAAAAACCUUCAAACCCCCAUUUUGUGAAGCUUGCAAUGGAAUACUCAAACCAGAUAUAAUUUUUUUCGGAGAUAAUGUACCGAAAACGCGAGUUGAAGAUGUUAGAAAGGCUGUGAGCAGUAGUGAUUCACUUUUAAUUCUAGGUACUAGUUUAACCGUUUUUUCCAGUUAUAGAAUUGUUCUACAAGCUUCAGAAGAGAAUAAGAAGAUGGCUCUCAUUAAUAUCGGUCCAACUAGAGCGGAUAAUUUAGUAUAUUUGAAAAUAUCUGCUAGGUGUGGAGACAUAUUGCCUAGAAUAUGUUGAUAUAGAAAAAACGAUUUAAGUGAAAUAAAUUUUGAUUAAAUGUU